GGAAAAGUGCUGAAGCUUUUCUUUAGAAGUGGAGACUCUCCAAACUGACAGGACUACACAACAGACCCAGGAGAGACAACACACAGUUCUUGGAUUACUUCUUGAGGAAUAUUCUAAUCGAAAACUCACACUAACUUCACACAGCAUUUGGCUGUCAUUUUCUUCUGUUUUACAGUUUUCUCCAGGGUUUGUACAACACGGGACUAUUUUGAAAUCAUUACAAUUCCUUUCACAAUAGACCCACAGGCGUUGUGGGUCUGGCAAGCGAGUCUACUUUCACACAAGCUUCAACGUAUCUUUAAAGUAUCAUCAGUUGUUUUUGGACUAUUUGGGCUGUGGACUGUCCAAUUCACCGUCUUGAGUCACUCUGACUGCCUGGACCAUUUUACGUUUUUAUAAACAGCUUUUGAAGACUAUUCUACCCUAGGACUACCAUACCUCUCAUUGCCAUGGCGAACAGCUGUCUCCAGCUCAGCGGUUUUGUGAUGAGUUGUAUCGGGUGGGUCGGGAUCCUUAUCGCCACUGCCACCAACGACUGGGUAGUGACGUGUAAAUACGGCAUGAACACCUGCAAGAAGAUGGACGAAUUAGGAGCCAAGGGCCUGUGGGCUGAAUGUGUCAUAUCAACCGCCCUCUAUCACUGUAUAUCACUGACACAGAUAUUGGACCUACCGGCAUACAUCCAGACGUCAAGGGCGUUGAUGAUAACUGGAUCCCUCCUGGGGCUGCCUGCAGUGGGGAUGGUCCUAACAGCCACGCCCUGUAUCUCUCUGGGGGACGAGCCUCAGUCAGCCAAGAACAAACGAUCUCUACUUGGGGGAGUUCUCAUACUGCUAGUGGCUCUGUGUGGGGGGGUGUCCACAGUAUGGUUUCCUAUCGGAGCCCACCAGGACCAGGGACUCAUGUCGUUUGGGUUCAGCCUGUACGCUGGCUGGGUGGGCACGGCCUUCUGUCUCCUGGGAGGGGCCAUGAUCACCUGCUGUUCUACUGAACCGUCCCAACCAUACAAUCACCAUGACAACAACCGGUUCUACUACUCCAAAGGACAGGGGCCUGGCAACCCUGUUCCACCCUCCACUAACCACGCCAAGAGUGCCCAUGUUUAGACACACAUGAAGUACAUGCAUGCACACACACACACACACACACACACACACACACACACACACACACACACACACACACACACACACACACACACACACACACACACACACACACACACACACACACACACACCAGUGUUGUGUAACGCAGAGCGGCGUCUAACCUGGUGCCUGAAGAGAAACCAAGGGGUCCUGAUCGGGACAACCCUGCUCUGAUGAAGGACUUAUUUUCAUAUCUUUGUUCUACAAUGAAGGCUAGGGUUAGAGUUCUUUAUUUUACAAUAAAGGCUAGGGUUAGAGUUCUUUAUUUUACAAUGAAGGCUAGGGUCAGGGUUCUUUAUUUUACAAUAAAGGCUAGGGUUAGAGUUCUUUAUUUUACAAUAAAGGCUAGGGUUAGGGUUCUAUAUUUUACAAUGAAGGCUAGGGUUAGGGUUCUUUAUUUUACAAUAAAGGCUAGGGUUAGGGUUCUAUAUUUUACAAUGAAGGCUAGGGUUAGGGUUCUUUAUUUUACAAUGAAGGCUAGGGUUAGAGUUCUUUAUUUUACAAUAAAGGCUAGGGUUAGAGUUCUUUAUUUUACAAUAAAGGCUAGGGUUAGGGUUCUAUAUUUUACAAUGAAGGCUAGGGUUAGGGUUCUUUAUUUUACAAUAAAGGCUAGGGUUAGGGUUCUAUAUUUUACAAUGAAGGCUAGGGUUAGGGUUCUUUAUUUUACAAUGAAGGCUAGGGUUGGAGUUCUUUAUUUUACAAUAAAGGCUAGGGUUAGAGUUCUUUAUUUUACAAUAAAGGCUAGGGUUAGGGUUCUAUAUUUUACAAUGAAGGCUAGGGUUAGGGUUCUUUAUUUUACAAUGAAGGCUAUGGUUAGGGUUAGGGUUCUUUAUUUUACAAUGAAUGCUAGGGUUAGAGUUCUUUAUUUUACAAUAAAGGCUAGGGUUAGAGUUCUUUAUUUUACAAUGAAGGCUAGGGUCAGGGUUCUUUAUUUUACAAUAAAGGCUAGGAUUAGGGUUCUUUAUUUUACAAUAAAGGCUAGCGUUAGGGUUCUUUAUUUUACAAUGAAGGAUAGGGUUAGGAUUAGGGUUCUUUAUUUUACAAUGAAGGCUAGGGUUAGAGUUCUUUAUUUUACAAUAAAGGCUAGGGUUAGAGUUCUUUAUUUUACAAUGAAGGCUAGGGUUAGAGUUCUUUAUUUUACAAUGAAGGCUAGGGUUAGGGUUCUAUAUUUUACAAUGAAGGCUAGGGUUAGGGUUCUAUAUUUUACAAUGAAGGCUAGGGUUAGGGUUCUAUAUUUUACAAUGAAGGCUAGGGUUAGGGUUCUUUGUUUUCUACAAUGAAGGCUAGGGUUAGGGUUCUUAUUUUACAAUGAAGACUAGGGUUAGGGUUCUUUGUUCUACAAUGAACGCUAGGGUUAGGGUUAGGGUUGUUUGUUUUACAAUGAAGGCUAGGGUUAGGGUUAGGGUUGUUUGUUUUACAAUGAAGGCUAGGGUUAGGGUUCUUUAUUUUACAAUGAAGACUAGGGUUAGGGUUCUUUGUUCUACAAUGAACGCUAGGGUUAGGGUUAGGGUUCUUUGUUCUACAAUGAAGGCUAGGGUUAGGGUUAGGGUUCUUUGUUCUACAAUGAAGGCUAGGGUUAGGGAUAGGGUUCUUUGUUCUACAAUGAAGGCUAGGGUUAGGGUUCUUUGUUCUACAAUGAAGGCUAGGGUUAGGGUUAGGGUUCUUUGUUCUACAAUGAAGGCUAGGGUUAGGGAUAGGGUUCUUUGUUCUACAAUGAAGGCUAGGGUUAGGGUUCUUUGUUCUAUAAUGAAGGCUAGGGUUAGGGUUGUUUGUUUUACAAUGAAGGCUAGGGUUAGGGUUCUUUAUUUUAUAAUGAAGACCAGGGUUAGGGUUCUUUGUUCUACAAUGAAGGCUAGGGUUAGGGUUCUUUGUUCUACAAUGAAGGCUAGGGUUAGGGUUAGGGUUCUAUGUUCUACAAUGAAGGCUAGGGUUAGGGUUCUUUGUUCUACAAUGAAUGCUAGGGUUAGGAUUAGGGUUCUUUGUUCUACAAUGAAGGAUUACUGUGUAUGGAAAGUACUGUACACCUAUCAGUGCAUUUUAUAGAAAAUAAAGCGUACCUUUUUUAAUAAA